UCGACGGCGCUCGCACGGAUCGGAUGUGAAUGUGAAAGCGGUUGGAAAAUCGCCAGACGCCUAACGUAUAGUUUCUUUUUGAAUUGAAUAACCCGCGUUUGGAAAAACCCAGACCAAUAAAAUAAUCAAAAUAAUAUAUACAGAAUAUAGCUAGGGCCAAUGUGGAUCUUCGGUUGGAACACAAGUUUUAUGGUGGAAAAAUCUGAAAAGAAAUAAUUGUGCGCGUUUCGGUUUCGGCUUCACUUCACAUUAUCUAAAAAUAACGGAAAACAAGGAAAAAGAAAGUGAACAAGUGCAAAAAAUUAUCUCGCUAUAUAUAUAUGUAUAUAUAUAUAUAUAGAUUAAGUGAGCCGCAGCCGCUGUUUUUUUCAUACAAAUUAUCGAUCAAAUACAUAAGUAGUGUGCGCCCUCUCAACCCAGAUAACAUAAACUUUCUGGAUGGAUGUUCGAGUUUGGUGACCAACAAAAAACAAGGACGAUGAGGGGAUAGUCAAAGGUGGCAACAGCUGAAAGAAAGUGCACCACAAACAAAAAAGUCAUACACCAUCCACCACUCAGAUUAUGAAUUAUGCAACAAAGAAACCACAGCAGCAUCAAAAAAGAGCAACUAGAACAGCCACGGCACAAACUGCUUAAUGCACACAAGUAGAUACCCCUAGGCUGCUUGGCCGAAUUAGUAUCGCAAAAUUCGAGAGUCGAGAGUCGACAGUCGAGCAGCAGCAGUAGCCGCAGACCAGAAGUCACCCCAAAUUUCCCAGGAGAAGCCACCGGCGAACAAUAGAAACCAUCAUGGUGGACGACAUCUCCCCGAUGCAUCAUCGCAUGCAGAAGAAGACGCGCAGCGCCUCCAUUUGUGCCACGGGGGCUAGCAUCGAGACGGUCAUCCACGGGAUGCCCGGCGCCUCCGGAAGUGCCACGCCCGAGGGCGGUACGCCCGGAUACCGCCGCCGCCGGCCGGCCACACGCUCCCAGAGCGCCCGCAUCACCUCCGGCGCCAGAUCGGUCCGCCAGAAGACCAAGGCACAGCAGCAGCAGCAGCAACAGCAGCACACGCUCCAGGAGGCCCGGAGCUACUGCACCAGUGAGCCCCGGCUGAGCGAGACGGAGACGCCUCCGCAGCGUCGUAAGCUAUCGCAGCGGAGGCCACAGCCACACGCACAUAGAAAAUCGAACGCCUUCCUGGACGUGCCCACCAUGAACAUGCAUCACCUGCGCGUCAACGACGACGACGAGGAUGUGGACAGAUUGCGCACUUUCAGUGCCUCCAAAGGAGGUAUCAUUAAUCGUGGGGACUCGUUCCGCCGGCGACGUUCGCGGAGCAACAGCCUGGCUCCAUCCAGUCCCAUGCACGCGCGCAAUGGAGUGGGCGGCUUGGGGGGCGUGGCGGGCGGAGGGAGCAGCCUGGGCUUGGGAUGCGGCUACAACGGUGGCGGCAGCAGCAGCAACGGAUUCGGAAACGCCAAUGCCCAGGAGAACCACCAGCCGGUGGAGUUCUAUCGCGUGGAAAUGCUCGGAUCAGCGGGCGUUGGCAAACAGGCUCUGAUUUCGCAGUUCCGCACCUCGGACUGCAUCAAUGCCUACGAUGGACCAGAAUCCGACGAGGCCGAGCAGAACGUCUCAAUCAUCUUGAAUGGCACCGAGUCGGAGCUGAAGUUCCUCACCGGCAAUCCGGAGAGCAAGGACGACCUGGAGCAGGCGGAUGCCUUCCUGGUGGUCUACUCCUGCAUUGACAAGGAGUCCUUCACGCGGGCCAAGCAGAUACUAUCGCGGCUGCAGGACAUGGACCUUCUGCGCCACCGGCCCACCAUUCUGGUGGCCAACAAAAUUGAUUUGGCCCGCUCACGCGCCGUUUCCGCGCAGGAUGGCAAAUGUGUGGCCUGCACGUUCGGAGCCAAGUUUAUCGAGGUCUCCGUGGGCAUCAAUCACAAUUGCGACGAGCUCCUGGCGGGCACGCUCACCCAGAUUCGGCUAAAGAAGGACCAAAACCAGCUGCAGCUUAAUCCGAAAAAAUCAAAAGAUAAAAGCAAAAUUAGAGAAAACACAAACGUAGAGACUGUAGAAACUGAUAGUUGUCUGACUGAUCUAAAAGCCAGCGAAGGGGGACCGAGGGAUGCCAAUUCGCCGGCGCACUGGUACAAAAGCCGCAGCGUGAUGCUGGCCAGCAUGAAGGCCCGCCAGAUGCUCACCUGGAUCCUGGGCAAGGAGGACUCCAAGUUCAAGCACUGCGAGAAUCUGCAGGUGCUCUAAAGGAACACGGAACGAACAAAACAACAAAAUUGUCUAUAUACUUAUGUAGGGGUUAAGUGUGUCGAUAUGUGAAUAUAUGUGUAUAACCGGCAGGCAGAAAGCUUUAUCUCUAAGUGCUACCAGAUGGGCUCAUCUAAUAUGUAAACAGGUUUCGACGGUUCGAAGCUCUCCAAUCCCCCUGUAAACAGCCAUUUGCAAACUUACAUACAUACAUGUACGGGCAACCAGCUAUUUGUAAUGUCUAACUUAAGCCUGAUAAUCAAAAAUUAAAUCAAAUUUAAUGUAAAACAUAGGGACAUAAUAACGCUAGAAGCGACUAUGUGUACGAGCAACUUAAUGGAACCAAGCGAUAGGAGCAAAACCAAAACUAACUAAACUAAACUAAACUAAACAGAGAACAACACUACUUAUGUACUUAACUAGCAACUCUAGUAACUUAUCUAAGUCAAGAGUAAGUAGGGUGAAUAUUUUUCAUAAGCUGGCUAGCGGCUUAACUAUUUACAAGCAGAGAAGGUGGGCAAAAUGUUCCCAUCAAACAGAAUAUAUGUAAUCCAUGGCGAACGAUUUUCGUAUAAGAUUUAUAUGGUAUAUGUGUGUAUCGGAUUGCAACAAUUUGUUAUUUUAAUUUCCUGCAGCUUAGGGGAGUCUUACAGGGUUUAAACGAGAGUUAGUUAGCUGCCUAGUCAGAAACAAAAGAAAUAGUGCAACCCUCGAUGAGUGUCCAUCAUGCUAUAUAUAUUGUAGAAUUAGAAAUCAAUAUUCUUUGUGUCUUCCUUAGUCAAAUAUGCGUGUGUGUGUGUCGGUGUGUUUAUAUUAGGGAUCCUUCCAAAAUAGUGCAAUGCAAGGAAUUCACGUGUCAUCCACAAAGCCUUCAUGUAAAUGUGCUCAAUGUGGAAGCAUGAAAAAAUAAAAACUACAAUAAUAUCCUUAACUCUAAUGAGAACUAUAUAGAUUGGUGUGUACAUAUGCUUAAUCACGUGUGGAUAUUUGCAAAGCGCAUAGGUUCUACAACAAUAAAUUAAUAAAAUAUUUAAAUGUUUAACAAUUUAAA